AUGUAUAAGCCAUACGCACUCGCGCCCUGCGGGCACACAGCCUGCCACUCCUGCCUCGUCGCGUGGUUCAAGGCCCCUCCCCCAGAUGCGCGCCCUCAAGAUGUGCUCCCCACAUGGCUCCGGAAGAAGACAUGUCCGCACUGCCGCGCAGUGGUUAAAGAGCGGCCGAUAGGAGUGUGGACAGUGAAGGACAUGGUCGCCGCUCUGGUGAAGAGCGGACUCGCGGCAGCCGCGUUCCCGCCUUCUCCAGCUCCUGACGCCGAGGUGCCCACCGCAGACCCCUGGGAAGGCAUAUUCCGCAGGGAGCCCGGGGCCUCGGGGAACCACAGGCAGGUAUUCCCAGGCCCUCCUCCCGCAUUAUUCCAGCAGAUGCUGGGUCUGCACGAUGUGGAAGACGGCGGCAUCUACCGCUGCAUCGACUGCAACCACGAGAUCUGGGACGGUGUGUGCUCGUCGUGCGGCCGUGUAUACCCCGGACAUGGAGGCGGUGACGACGAGGACGAUUACCCCGAGGACUACGAACUAGAGGAAGCCGAGUUGGCUGGCCUGAUGUUCGGCGGACCAUACAACAUCUUGAACCACCUACACGGUGACGGCAGCGGCGAUGAAGGGGACAGUGACGGCAGUUUGGGUGCCGUGAAUUUUGGUGAUGGCAAUACUGAGCUCAAUGGCAGCGACGACGAGGAUAGCGAGGAGGAUUACGAGAGCAGCUUCAUUGACGACGACGAGCAUGUUGUGCGUGACCGUCUGCAUUCUCCCCGCGACCAUGCCAGCGAGGGUUCAGGUGGGCCGCUGAUCAGGCAUAGAGUGGGUGGAGGUUCAAGCGGGAACCGUCCUCGUCCUCGAGCACGACGCGAGGUCCCUCGAUCUUCCCCCAUCGUAAUAUCGGAUGGGUCGGAUGAUGUAGAGAGCAUUUCAUCGGUCCAAGAUCUCCCGAGGCUAGGUCGACGGGCACGGCUGGUCGAUAGCGCUUCCGACGAUGAGACUUCUAUUGCAGAUGCAGAACGUGACUUGUCUGCCGUGGUCGCCGCUCGUGAAUUCGACGUGUAUGGAGACGACGGCUCGGUGCCUCGCUGGCGUGCUCUCCGAGAUAUAGAGGACGAUGAACAUAACAACUAUUAG